UGACGAGAUGGGGCUAACCAAGCUGCCGUCGCCGCGCCCGCCCAUAUCGCCCAAGGUGGCCGAGGUUUUCCAGGCGCAGAUUCACCGGCGGUCCGAGGCCAACGACCCGCUCUGGCAAGAAGCGACUACGCAGCUGCGCCAUGUGAAGGCGCUACGCCAAUUGCGAGCGAGGCGAUACCAAAUCGAGAUGUGGAUGACGGCCUUUGCGGUCAUUAGCGUCGUCGCGGCCGCCCUCUCGAUGCAGUUGUCCAUCAUCUACACGACCCAAGCCGCCGACCUUGACAGAAGCGAUAUGGCCUUUGCUGUCGACGUGCUCCGGUCGAUCAUUGCGACUGCCACCAUCUUUCUCUACGGCCUCGUGCUGCUGCGCUACGACGUGGUUUGUGACUUGCGCAUCGCGUCGACGCGACUGCAUCCGAAUGCCAAAUUUUACCAUCCGUCGGCGGGGCUUCUUCAAAAAGUGCUUCUCGAGUGCUUUAUUCUGUCACUGCACGUGCCUCCAACGUUUGCGCGUCUCUUUGUCUCGCAUCGGUUCAUGGGCAGUCCGGAGCGUGCGCAUCACCAGCGACUGUGUGCACCGGGCAUGCAGCUGGACGCGUCUGGUUUCUGCUACCUCGAUCUGCCGUGGUCCAUGGACCAAUUUGAUGUGGUGGUGUUCGUGCGACUGUACGUGGUGUUUCGCCUCCUUCGGCACCAGCUCGGGUUCGAGUCGCCCGACAUUGAAUGGCAAGGGACGCAGUGGCAUGUGCAGACAAGCUCGUUCUGGUUUACGAUCAAGCACAUGUUCCACAAGCACCCUGUGCUCUUUUCAGCAUUGAGCUUUGGCGCAACAUGGCUCUGCACAGCGCUCGUCGUUCAGUUUCUAGAGCACGCAAUCAACCCCGACAUCGACUCGAUCUCGGAGGCGCUGUGGCUGACUGUGCUGACGAUGGCAACGGUGGGGCUUGGAAGCGCGCCGCCCAUCUCGGUGCAAGGCCAGGUGGCCAUCGUCAUCGGUGGCAUCGUCGGUGGAGCGAUCAUGAACGCACUCCUUACCACCGUGCUCAUCAGCUCGUUGCACCUCACCGAGCAUGAGGACGCUGUCAUCCAAACGAUUCAUGCGCGUGAUCUGCAUGUGGCCCACCACCACGCGGCCAUUCGUCUCUUGCAGACAUUUGGACGCGACGUGCUCUUGCGUCAAGCCACGCCCAUGGCGUCGUGGUGCACCUUACGUCGCAGCCGCCAUCGCAUCAUCCAGGCGGCGACCGCCUUCCAGACGUAUCGGCGGCGCAUGCGAGAGCGGUCGCAUGAAGAUGUGCUCGAGGCCUGCCAUGCCCAGGUCGAAGCUGUCGCGCUCCCGCACGUGUCCUCCGUUGAACGAGCGUGCUUGUUGUCUCUCGAUGCGAUCGAAGCCAAGCUGUCGCUCGUGCAUGCGCAUCUGCGAACCCUCGAAUAAUGCGCAGCAAGUUGUCACUGCC